AUGGACAGUUUUCAAAAGCUUCCAGAUACGGAAUCUGAUAAGGGACCGGAAGUUGUGAACUAUGAAGUCGACUGGAAGGGACCCGACGAUCCAAACAAGCCAAUGAACUGGCCCAAAUCGCGGAAACAAGGCAUAAUUAUUGCUGUUUGCGCGAUGCGAUUCACUACCCCGCUCGCCUCGUCUAUGAUGUCUCCCGCCUUGCUGGUGAUUGGCAAGGAUUUUCCAGAUGCUUCAGAAACGCUCCUCAGUUUUAGUGUUUCUAUAUAUAUUAUCGGGUUCGGGCUGGGCCCUCUACUCCUCGCGCCACUGUCGGAGGUAUACGGCCGCAAUGUAAUCUACCAUGUUGGAAACAUCAUGUUCACGGUGUUUACAGUCUGUUGUGGUCUGUCUCCUAAUAUCGGUGCCUUGUUGGCCUUUCGCCUGAUGGCCGGGUUCUUUGGCGGUGCACCAUUAACUAAUGGAGGAGGGACGAUUGCCGACUUGGUUCCAGCUGAAAAGCGUGGACUUAUCAUGAGCAUCUUCUCUGCGAGUAUGCUUAUGGGCCCGGUCCUAGGACCUGUUAUAGGAGGGUUCCUUGCCGAGGUAGGAUGGCGAUGGAUCUUCUGGGUGUUGACUGUAUUAAGCGGUUUAACUACAAUUGUCGGUUUCAUUUUCCUCCGUGAGACCUUCGCUCCGGUGUUGUUAGAAAAGAUCGCUCGUCAACUCCGCGAGAAAACUGGAGAUUCGCGCUACUAUGCGAAGGGCAAAUCAGACAAAAAGCUGAGCCAUCUUCUUCUGGGCGCCGUGACUCGACCUACACGAAUGCUGGUGAAUCCUAUCAUCAUUGGCACCUCUGUGUACAUGGCCGUGAUGUAUGGUAUUAUCUACCUCCUCUUUACUACGUUUUCUGUGGUAUUCCAGAGGAACUAUGGAUUCAAGGAGGGUAUUGCAGGCCUGGCGUAUCUUGGAAUUGGCGUCGGAAGCGCCCUUGGCAUGUUCCUCUUCGGACGCUACAGUGAUCGCAUUUACAGCCGUCUUACUUCAAAACACCAACAGGCGAAGCCAGAAUUCCGACUACCACCACUAAUACCAAGUGCCGUUUCCAUGCCUGUCGGUCUGAUAAUAUAUGGAUGGACCGCACAGUAUAAAUUGCAUUGGAUCCUACCUAUCAUUGGCACGGGCUUCUCGGGGUUAAGUGUGAUGGGCUGUUUGGCAUCUAUCCAGGCAUAUCUAGUUGAUGAAUUCACUGUUUUCGCAGCCAGCGCGCUCGCAGCGAACGGUUUAAUCCGGAGCAUUGCCGGUGGUCUGGUUCCAUUAGGAGGGCUGGGGCUUUAUGAGCGAAUAGGUCUGGGAUGGGGAAACACGCUACUAGCCUUCUUGUCUAUUCUCUUCAGCCUUCCUGCUGUGGCAUUUUACAAGUACGGUGAGAGGAUGAGGCAAUGUCGAGUGGGCCUCGAUUAG